AUGGGGUUUGCCAUGUUCGAGGAUGCAUACCGGUUCUUCUCGGACGAGUCAAAACAGCGGAUUUGGAUUGUCAAGCCUGCAGAGUGGGCGAACAGGGGCUGUGGGAUACGAAUCUUUAAGACGAUUGAGGAGGUGCGUGCCCGCGUGGACGCCAAAGAGCGCGCAUGGGCCAUCCAAAAGUACAUCGAAAAGCCGCUGUUGGUGCAUGGGCGCAAGUUCGAUAUCCGAGCGUACUGUCUCCUGCUCCAAGAUCCGACGAACUGGUCCUUCAAGGCCUUCUACUACAGGGAUGCAUACCUCCGCACCACCAGUGCUCAGUACACCACCAAGAACUUGGACAGGAUGGUGCAUCUGAACAACGACGCCGUGCAAAAGCAUGGUGACAACUACGGCAAGUUUGAGUCGGCGAACAAGAUGUCUCUGGACGA